UAUUUAUAUAACUUGUUAUAAAUAACAAACAGUAAUCACAUUUAGCUCGUGAUGUGUUAUCAGCACGUGGUCAAUUAAGGACCAUUUGGUGAAUUAGUAGCAUGCUAGCAUGGUGCUAGUGUUUUGUUUUUCUCUCAGUAUCUGUCAGACAUGCUUCAGAACCACCAUCUGCCCGUGGUUUGCACCUGCACCACAGCCGACAUCCAGGCCGCGUUCAACACCAUCGUCUCGCGCAUACAGAGAUUUUGUAACUGUAACUCCCAGACGCCCAUUCCCAUAAAGAUCGCUGUGGCUGGAGCCCAGCACUACCUCAGUGCUGUUCUCAAGCUUUUUGUGGACCACCUCUCACACAAGACCCCAGACUGGCUGGGGUACAUGCGGUUCCUCAUCAUUCCUCUAGGUGACUAAAAACACUCCAACGUCAGGU